AGGAGGACGUAAAAAAAAAACUAAAAAAAAACGGUUGAUCUCAGCAGCAUUUGGCUCUGUGCUAGAAUUAAGUUACCAGGGCGAGGCAGGGUUGCUUCGAUUGAAACUGGUCGAUCCUUGAGCUGGCUAAGUUUUGCUGCUGUUAGCAGCAAAACUUAGCCGGGUAACCGGGUAACUUCGAGAAAACUACUCAGUUGUUAUGUUGGAGGAGGUCUUCAUAGGAACGUCUGAUCCUCUGAAACAGUUGAAAGAUCUGACGCAGCUCAAAAAUCAGCUGGAAGAGAUCCAGAGGCGAGUGGAGAACCAGGUUUCUGUAGGAAUUCCUCAGGGAGGCUCUGUGUUAGGAUCUCCAUUUCUGAAGGGCUUUCUGGCUGGCUAUGUGGUGGCCAAGCUACGCUCCUCUGCCAUCCUGGGAGUGCUGCUGGGAACAAUUACUGGCAUGUACGCGGCACAGAAUUAUCAAGUGCCCAACAUUGAAAGGACCGUGAAAGAGUAUAUGAACAACUUGAAAAAAGGACCCAAGUAAUUUGGGCUGAAUUCUAGCCCUGACAGUCUUUUGCCAGUGACAUAACAGACACAAGAAGAAAUACUGUUGCAGCUGCUGGCUUGUCAGCUGCUUGUGACUUCAACUUUUAAGAUUUCUCCAUAUAACUGGAAUUUCAUUUGGGACUCAAAGUAAAAGACUUGACUUUUUUUUUUAAUUCUAUUUUUUGUUUCAGGUUCAAUUAAAAACUGCUGCUGUUUCUUUUCCACUUGUAACUGUGUGAGGUUAACACAAGAUGUAAGACAUUGUGCCCACAAGGUUUCAAAGUGUGGUCCCUCAAAUUUCAUAACUUGAUAACUUGUCUUAGCUUUGUCAGUUGGAGCAACUAUAUAAGUCGUUAGAUUUUGAAUCAGUCAUGUUAAAACAGGCAAUAAUUCCUGCAAAUGUUUCCUACCUUUUUAUUGUUCAGCUCAAGUUACAUACACAGAGUUAUAGAGAGAAUGGAGUGUUUAAGUAUUUUAUAAUGGAUAUUUAAAUGAUUGCGAUUUACAGCUAUCAUUUAAAAAAAAAAAA